GCGCGCCGGAAGUAAUGCGGGCGGGUGGGCGGAAGUGAGGGCGGCGGCCGGCAUGGCCAAGCAAUACGACAUGGUGGAGUGCCCCUUCUGCGAUGAGGUCUCCAAGUACGAGAAGCUCGCCAAAAUCGGGCAGGGCACCUUCGGGGAAGUGUUCAAAGCCAAGCACCGGCAGACGGGCAAAAAGGUAGCGCUGAAGAAGGUGUUGAUGGAAAACGAGAAGGAGGGGUUCCCCAUCACAGCUCUGCGAGAGAUUAAAAUCCUCCAGCUGCUCAAGCAUGAGAAUGUGGUGAACCUCAUAGAAAUCUGUAGGACCAAAGCCUCUCCGUACAACCGCUGCAAGGGAAGCAUCUACCUGGUGUUUGACUUCUGUGAGCACGACCUGGCCGGCCUCCUCAGCAACACCCAUGUCAAGUUCACGCUCUCAGAGAUCAAGAAAGUUAUGCAGAUGCUAUUGAAUGGUCUUUACUACAUCCACAGGAACAAGAUCUUUCCUCGAGACAUGAAAGCUGCAAACGUUCUCAUCACGCGGGAUGGAGUCCUGAAGCUCGCAGAUUUCGGGCUGGCUCGAGCUUUCAGCCUGGCUAAGAACAGCCAGCCAAACCGCUACACCAACCGAGUCGUGACUCUGUGGUAUCGGCCGCCAGAGCUGCUGCUAGGGGAGCGGGACUACGGGCCCCCCAUUGACCUCUGGGGGGGAGGCUGCAUCAUGGCAGAGAUGUGGACCCGCAGCCCCAUCAUGCAGGGCAACACAGAGCAGCACCAGCUCACCCUCAUUAGCCAGCUCUGCGGAUCCAUCACGCCGGAGGUCUGGCCGAAUGUGGAUAAGUAUGAACUGUACCAGAAGCUAGAGCUCCCCAAGGGCCAGAAGCGCAAGGUGAAGGAUCGCCUGAAAGCCUACGUCAAGGACCCCUAUGCGCUCGACCUCAUUGACAAGCUGCUGGUGCUGGACCCGGCCCAACGCAUCGACAGCGAUGACGCGCUGAACCACGACUUCUUCUGGUCAGACCCCAUGCCCUCAGACCUCAAAAACAUGCUGUCCACCCACAACCAGUCCAUGUUUGAGUACCUGGCCCCGCCACGCAGGCGGGGUGGGCACAUGCCCCAACAGCCAGCAAACCAGGGCAGGAACCCUGCUGCUACCAACCAGACUGAAUUUGACAGGGUGUUCUGAGCGGGGUCCCAGCUGGGCCACUCUGCAGGAUGUCUCAGCGGGGUCUCUCACUCUGGUCGGGGGCUUCCUUCCAGGCAAAGUCCCUGGUGGCUUUAACUGAGCUCUGCCCUCCCCUCUCCUUGUGCAGCAGCUCUGCCACCGAGGAGCUGCAGCAGGCGAACUUUGUGGUUGUGUGUGUGAGUGGGGAAGUGAUGCCUGUGAGCCCGCAGCUGUUUCCCUGCGGCUUUGGCACAGCCCAUGUCCCCACGGAGCAGUCUGUAUUGAUUAUGUUAAUCUUGUGGAUCGAUUGCUAUGGAUCUGAUGAUGGAAAAGGUGGCUCUGUCAGUGCUGGGGCUUGCUGUGAUGAGCCCUGCUGGGAGCUGUCUGCAGCUCUCCGUUGGUGUUUGCUCCUGUACGGCAUGUCCUCUGUCCUCUGCGCGCUCAGGCGUUGAUGUAGGACGCUGCAGAUGCUUCUGAGUAAUGAGGGGAAAGCAGAGUCACUCCAGGCUUAAUGACCAACUCUUGCUCCAGCGUCAAAGAGGACUUACUGGGCAGAUUGUGCUGAUGGAGCUGGUUGCUCCAUACAGCCAGGCUCUAUGGUGGGAAUUCAUCUGUCGCAGUGCUCGGUGUCCAUGCUUCCUUGGCUCCAAACUGCAAUUAAGCUUUGUGGGGCACACCCAGACAGCCGCAUGCUUUCCCCUUAGCGCUAACGACGGAGCUGGGCUGCUGUCCUCGGUCAGGCUGUGCUUCGGGGUUUGUUGCAAGCAGCCCCCUGUCCCACUGCCUGCAGUGCUUCCCCUCGGCGUGGUUGUGCUGGAGGUGCAAGGGCCGCUCUGCUUAUAAACACUUGUGCGUGCUCCUCUGUCCGGGGGCAAUUUGCAGAAGCGCUGCCUUCCCAGGGCCUGGGUGCACACCUUGCCUUGGCUGGUGCAGGGCAGGCGCAACUUCCCACGUUGUCUUCCAUGACCGACCUCCAGCUGGAGCUGGCCGCCUGCUCCCGAGCCACACGGAUCCCCAGCCUUUCCAAUGAACCAUGUGUACAAAAUGCAAGGGGUUAUAACCUUUGGCAUUUGAUAAGUUGUCCGUUAACCAGGCUGAUGGCAAAGCCCCGGCGGUAGCAGAACAGCUGCGGGCGGGCAGCAGACUGGUGUCAGAGCAGCGGGUGAGGAUGAUAAAGGACUCCUACAAGGUAAAUCUCCUGGUGGAGGGCUCUGAAAUAGCGUCUGGUUACGGAGGGGCCUUGAUAUGUGUAUUUCUGUUGGAAAAAUGAAGUUGGUUGCAAGCAAUAAGCCGGAUGACCCCCGUCAGCUGUGAAUAAAUGCGAUCCCGUUGCA